AUGGACCCCAACUGCUCCGGCACAGCUGGUGGCUCCUGGGGCUGCUCUGACUCCUGCAAGUGCAAAGACUGCAGAUGCAAGUCCUGCAAAAAGAGCUGCUGCUCCUGCUGCCCUGUGGGCUGUGCCAAGUGUGCCCAGGGAUGCAUCUGCAAAGGGACAUCGGACAAGUGCAGCUGCUGCGCCUGAUGGGAGAGCCGA